AGACAAAGCAGGCCCUCCCCCUAGUCUCCCAAGUUCAGGCGCGCACCACGAGAGCCCUGAAAAGGAAGGCGGGGUUAGCCCGAAACACCAAUGGAAGCGAGAGUGGGCGGGCUCGCACUUAGGUGCAGGAGGCGGGGCUUGCCCAGCCGGGCCAAUGAGAACGCGAGGCGCUGGACGGUUGUUAAGCAGGGGAAGUCGGCGCAUGGCUGACGCGGCACUGUUCGAGUUUCUGCACACGGAAAUGGUAGCGGAGCUGUGGGCGCAAGAUCCGGACCCCGGCCCCGGGGGACAGAAGAUGAGCCUGUCGGUCCUGGAGGGCAUGGGCUUCCGCGUGGGCCAGGCCCUGGGCGAGAGGCUGCCCCGGGAGACGCUAGCCUUCAGGGAGGAGCUGGAUAGCCUCAAGUUCCUAUGCAAAGACGUGUGGGCGGCCGUGUUCCAAAAGCAGAUGGACAGCCUCCGCACCAAUCACCAGGGGACCUACGUCCUGCAGGACAACAGCUUCCCCCUUCUCAUCCGGAUGGCCUCGGGUCAGCAGUACCUGGAGGAAGCGCCCAAGUUCCUGGCCUUCACCUGCGGCCUCCUACGGGGCACCCUCAGCACCCUGGGCAUCAAGAGCCUGGUCACCGCCUCUGUGGCAGCCCUGCCCGCCUCCUGCUUCCCCUGGGGCAUGCCAGCCUGGAGGAGACAACCCUUGACGAUGACCUGGUCUAGUGGUUUCUAACUCUCUUCCCGGCGCGGGAACCCAGCAUCCGAGGGCGUCACCCGUCUGGACUCUGCCAAGCUCUGCCACUUGCUGCCUGAUGUGGGUAAGUACCCCCACCUCAGAGCUGCACGCUGAGGCCGCGACAGACCCAAAUGGGAGGAGGACGGGUCUCCUCAGUGGGUGGGGCUCCUCUGCAGACACCCCGUCCAGCCCCUCCCCCGCGCACACAGCAGCCCCUGGCCUGCCUCCGUGCAUUUGCACAUGCCAUUCCCUGCCUGGCCCACUCCCCAGACUCCUGCUCCCUCUCCGGUGUCCAGCAGCCACCAGCCUCGGCUACCCACCACAUCCCUCGGAGCAGUUGCUCAUUUGCCCAGCGCCUGCAGCCCUCGGGGGGGGCUCCUAGACAGCCUUGUCCUGCCCUGCCGCAGUGUUUACUUGUUUAUGUCCCGCUGCGCUUCCCCUUGGGUCCCUCUGGGUCCCUCAGCUGGGUGCUCGCACUGUCCAGCACAGAGCCUGCAGAUGUUUCCCAAAUGAAUCGCAGUCAUUCAGCUAAACUGUGUGCAUGCGGACAGGCGCGGGGAGCAGGGGAUCAGCCCAGCCCUGCCCUCAAGAAGCUCAGGGCUGUCCUGGAGGUUCCCCCCCAGACUCACCACGCCCCCACUCAGACACCAGCCUGGCCUCUCUGAUGGGGCAGGGGUGCUGGGA